GUAUCGUCACAGAAAUAAACUUCCGGUUGAAAAAAAGACCGAAAACUCGCCACGUUUGUUUAUUCCUGACAUAUGUUCAUUAUGCUGUGUCUAUAGAGAUCUGUUCCAGAAAAAAAUAUUUUGAAACAUAUUAUUGAACAAAACAAAAUGAUGAUAAAAUAAGGUUCUUCAAAUUGUGAAACAAAACGGAGUCGAAAGAUAAUUUUGUAUUGACAAUUGAAAAUCAACAAAAUAUGACUACACAACGUAAACAUGCUUCCAAACACACAGUGGAAGGAAUUGGUGCAGAAUCAUCAGAAUCAUUUCCUCAUAUGAUGAUUUCAACACAUGUUGAUCAACCAGGACAAGACAAUGAUAAACAUGAUAAACACAGAAAUGAUGGACUGAAGGGAGACUAUGGAAAUAUUUCUUUGUUGAUGUUUCUAUAUAUACUUCAGGGAAUUCCCUUAGGAUUAGGUGGGAGUAUUCCCAUGUUAUUGACAAGUAGAAAUGUCAGUUACAAAGACCAGGCUGUGUUCAGUUUUGUGUUCUGGCCAUUCAGCAUUAAGUUGUUAUGGGCACCUUUAGUAGAUUCUUUAUAUUUUUCGUGGUUUGGACGUCGUAAGACAUGGCUGGUGCCUAUACAAUACCUAAUAGGUGUAUUUAUGUUGGUUUUAUCGUGGAAUAUUGAUCAGUUGUUAGGGACAGAGAAUGGCGGAGGACAUGUUAAUAUUGUAUAUAUUACUGUGAUAUUUUUUAUGCUUAAUGUUUUAGCAGCCACACAAGAUAUAGCAGUAGAUGGCUGGGCUCUAACCAUGUUGUCUAGGAGAAAUGUGGGAUGGGCUAGUACCUGUAAUUCAGUAGGACAGACAGCUGGAUAUUUUCUUGGAAAUGUUCUAUUUUUAGCAUUAGAGUCAGCUGAUUUCUGUAAUAAAUAUCUCAGAUCUGAACCUAAAGAAACUGGUUUAGUCACAUUAGCAAGUUUUUUAUAUUUCUGGGGCAUUGUAUUUUUUAUGACAACAACAUUAGUGUGGAUCUUCAAGCAUGAGUCUGAUGAUCCAGAUGCAGACACCGAGCAGGGUAUCAUUGAUACAUACAAACAACUCAUUCGUGUCAUACAACUACCUGCAGUAAUAUCAUACGCUGUCAUCAUACUCACAGCUAAGGUUGGAUUUUCUGCUGCAGAUUCAUUAACUGGACUGAAGCUUAUAGAAUCUGGUAUGCAGAAACAGACUCUAGCAAUGUUUGCUAUACCUAUGAUUCCAAUACAGAUAGUUUUACCACUAAUAAUUAGCAAGUUUACAUCUGGUCCUAAACCAAUGGACGUAUUCCUCAGAGCAAUGCCAUUUAGGUUAAUGCUAGGUUUACUGUAUGCAUUUAUUGUGUGGUUGUCAUCACAAGUGCAAGAGACAAAAGGGAAUUUCCCAACCUAUUUCUAUGCCCUCAUAUUGGGCAGUUAUGCAAUUCAUCAAGUAGCAUUAUACAGUAUGUUUGUGUCCCAGAUGGCUUUCCAUGCUAAAAUAAGUGACCCUGCUAUAGGAGGAACUUACAUGACACUGUUAAAUACACUGGCAAACCUUGGUGGUAAUUGGCCAGCUACAGUAGCAUUGUGGUUAGUAGAAGGACUUACAUGGAAGUCAUGUCAUGGUGGUCCUGGACAGUGUGCCUCUACAGCAGAAACUGAGGCUUGUACAUCAGCAGGAGGCAACUGUCAAACAGAGAUCGAUGGAUAUUAUAUAGAAUCAUUCCUGUGUGUAGUGAUAGGUAUUUUCUGGUUUCUAUGGCGACAGAAAAGAGUACGGCAGCUAGACAGACUACCUCUUGAAGCAUGGAAAUGUUCCUAGUAUAGAGACAUUAUUAGGAUUGAAUGAAUUUUUGACUUGAUUGUAUGGAAUAAGUCAGUUAUGUGUGAAGCAUUUCGAAAAUAUUUGAAAAAUUGAAACUACAAGCAUAUCAAGGCAAUUUGAGAAGGGGCAUCAUUUUAUAAAAUAAUCAGACAUUUUUUUACACAAAAGUUCCGCCAAAUUUCUAAUAAAAAUAGUAUCUAGGGUCUUGGGGAUGGUGAAGCACCUUUCAUUUUAUUUUGCAAUAGCCCUUAGAUGUACAGACCUUUGAAAAGAGAAACUAUAAAUUCAAAAAGUAAAGUUUGCUUUUAUUUUUAUACAAAAUGUUAAAUUUAAAACCUCAAAAAGAAUGACAUUUGUAUCAGGCUUUUUAAGAAAAUUAAAUAAAAAUUUCCACUACAUUAUUAUUGGAUGCAAAUUAAGUGACUAAAACAUGUGAAAGAUUAUCAGGUGUUAGCUACUAUAUAAAACAGUACAAGUAGUACAUUUAAAGUGGGAAUAACCCAAAACAUUAAAUGCUCAAAUAAAUUGCAAAAUUUAUGAUCAGAAUUUUUUAAAUCUGUACAGGUGAUUAAUUAGAGUCUCAACAGUUCAAGGGAAGAACUGUUUAAAUAUGUUUUGCUCUUCAUUUCAAAGAUCAUAUAUUAUAAACAAGACUAUGUUUCCUAUAUACAUAAUCAAGAUUCAAAUUUAAUUCAAUUCUUUAAAAAGGGUACUUGAUUGUCCUUCCUACAAAUUAUUUAGUCAGUUAAUGGACAUUCUGUGUUUAAUUCUCCUAGUGAUAAGAUGAUGUGUAAAAAUCUUCUUUCUUUUUUCUAAAUAGGUUAUAUUAAAUCACAUAUUGAGUAUUUUCAUUAUUAUUUGUAACAUGUACAUUCCUUGCAUACUGUAAAGAGUUUUAUACCUCACAGAAGUUAAAUUUCUAUGACCUAUUUGUCAUGAGUUUGAACUUUACAAUUUCUAGGACCAUAGUAUUUCAUGAGUUUGAAUUUUGCAACUUCUAUGGACAAGGUAUUUUACAAGUUUAAAUUUUUCAAUUUCUGAGGUCAAUGUUAGGUCUUAUUUUUGAUUCUAGUACCUGUAACUGAGCUCUUUCAAAGAUCAAUUAUAUUCUAACUGUAGGGUUUUUAUUUGCUUUUUUUUUGUAAUUGUGAAAUAAGACCAAAUUGAAACAUUCUAUUAAAAAUUUUACACCUUUUUGUUUAGAAAAUGAUGGACCAAAAUGCAAUAUGAAAUGUACUAUUAGCUAGAAUAAUUGUUUUUUCAUGUUUUAUAUAUUGUUUUGAAUAUUUAUUUACUGCUUUGUAUAAUGUAUUAAGAGUUUAUAUAAAGCCUCAGAGUUCUCACACAGAAAUGCAUUGAACUCAUUUAUUUUUUUAUUUAGUCUGGGAUAACUUGCUCUCUGCUCAAGAGAACAUCAUAGGUUUGUUGUUUGGAAGAAAAUUGAAUAUUUCUGAUCAAACAAUUCUUACAAAGGGUCAUUAAUAUUUAGCCUAAUUGUUAUUAUUAGAUUUUAUUUUUGCAAAACCUAUUCAGUUGCAAUUUUCACAAUAACAAAAACAUCUCAAAACAUUUUUUAUGAAUUUAUGGUAAAUACUUAUUUGGGUUGAUAAGCAUAUUUUUUUUAAAACAAACAAGGAUAUAACUUGUAUAUAUGUUGGGAAAUACCCUUGCUUUAAAAAUAGCAUCCCCUGAAAAAUGAAUCCACAGUAAAUUAAAAAUUGAAAAUCUUUUCACAUAGUAACUUAACCUUAGUGUUGUGUAUUGUAAAACAUUGUACAAGUUAUCUAUGAAUUUAAUAAUUGUUUGUUUGUGUAUGUAUUGAAAAUUCAGUUUUUAUAAGAGUGAAAGUUGGUUAUGUGAAUUCCCCACAGAUCAAAGAUUUUGUGAUCUAUAGCGGUGGCUAUUUUGAGGGAUAUAUAAGUUUAUGAAAUGACAAGUUCUGAAAAAAAUAUUCCCCAAUUUUCUUUGGACAAAACAUUGUUAGUUUUUCAAAAUAAUCAAAUAUAUCUGUGACAAUCAAUGUAUACGAUACAAACUAAUGUAUAGAAAAGAAAGGACCAAUUAAGUGUCAAGUGAUGGUGUAUGAAUGUAGGUCUAAUUUUUUAGCCAUGCCAGACAUACAAUUUUUUCUUUUUUUUACAACUCAUGAUGUUUUUGUGAAAUAACCGCAACCAAUAAAAUUUAAUACAAUGUAGAAGUGUCGACACGCCCACCUUUUAGUUUUCCUCAUUUGAAUUAUUUUACAAUCCUUAUCAUGGGCCAUUUCACAGCUUACUUUGUAAUAUGAGUUUUGCUUAUUUUUCCAGGUCGUAGCCCUAAGGUUGUUAUACAAUAACUUCCAAGACAUUUGGCUAAUGGUUUGUCUCAUUGGUAUUGACCUUAUACUAAAGCUAAUUGUAAUAUCUGCACGCCAAAACUGUACACCUCUUUUAUCAAAGAAGAACUGCCAGGUGAAAAAAGGAAAAUCAAGCCAUACUGUAGCUUAAAAAGUUUCUUUGCUUUGUGUUCCUUCUGAACCUUAAUCCAAAAAGAGCAUAUUAAAGGCAGCAUUUCCAUGUAAUGUCUUUUGUGUUAUUUAAAGUUUGUUCUUGUCAAGUAUACACUUGUUCUGUUGGUUGACCUCACCUUUUUGAAUUUACUUUGGGAGUUUGGUAUUUUUGUUAUACUUUUUUAUGGACUUUGUGUUUUUACUGUGUAGAGUAUUAUAUUUUUUAUGGAUCCCUGCGUAAAAUGUCAACCAAUAGAGAGGGACUCCUUGAAACAAGUAAUACUGUAAAAAAAAUUCAAGUAGUUACAGACAGGUUUUUCAUGUUUAAAAAAAAACAAGUCACUAAGUUAUGUUAUAUUUCAUGUGUUCUUCUGAGAAGUAUAUCUUUACUGUAAUAUUAUAAAACUGUUGAGAAUUAAACAUUGUUAAGAAUUGAUAUUUUUUUCUGAUAAACUAUCAAAACUUU